AUGGGAUUGGUAAGACAGACUAUCCAAAUUCUAGGCUCAAGAACCGAUACCAUCGUGUGCUGCGUACCUAAACCCACAAAUCAAGAAGUAGCCGAAUUUCCGGAGCUCUUUUCUGACGCUGAUAUUAAAUCUGCGAAUCUUUCCGCAUCGAAAUUGUUUGUAUUCUACGGUCCUCGAACCAACGAACCGAACGAAGAAGUGGUUAAAUCUUCAUUGAAAAUGGCUGAAAUUGCCACCAAAAUGAAGGCCGGCGAUCUCCUUCUUGUUUGCAUUAGUGGUGGUGGGUCAGCACUCUUGACUUUACCCAGCCCAAUUGACUGCACUGCAUCUCCUCUCGAUGGCUCUACUAAACGUUUAAGCCUUAAGGCCGUUGUUGAAACAUCAAGGCUCCUUUCUCUUAAAGGAGCAACGAUUCAAGAGCUGAACAGCGUUCGAAGUUGUCUUGACUGUAUGAAAGCGGGUGGUUUGGCUCGCUUCGCCACUCCGGCUCAGGUGGUGAGUCUCAUCCUCUCCGAUGUGGUCGGUGAUCCGAUCCGUUUCAUUGCUAGUGGACCGACUCACGUGGAAACAGACAAUCGUAAUGGAGUCUCACGGUUUGGUCGUGCUCUUUCCAUCCUUGAUAAAUACGACCUCCGUGACAAAAUACCAGUCGAGGUGAAGGACUUUCUCAUUUCGCGACGAGGGAUCGAGGCGAACCAGUCUGCGGUGGAUCCAAGGCCAGCCAAUUACAUAGUUGGCAGCCUCUCGAUGGCCCUAGAGGCGGCUGCAUACGAUGCAGCAAAAGUGAAUCCAUCCUGUCUUCAGUUGAAUAGCACCGUCCUACCUCAGGACAUCUUCCGUAGGACCCCUGUGGAAAGCUUUGAGUGUGUCCUACCUAUUGUUCUUACUGACGCGAUGAAUGGAGAUAUGACAGAGAGGGCUGUCGCUAUCGCCGACCUAUCGUGGGAACUUCGACGUCUCAUUCAGGUCUUUUUGAAGAAACCCGAAUGCACAACAAGACAUGUCACUGAGGAGAUGAGGUCCCGUUUGAAAGAUGCUCAGAAUCGUGUGACUGGUAGAAAGGAGUAUUACCGCGACCUUGUUCACGCUUGCUACGAGGUAGCCAAAGUUGCCAAGGGUCAACUAUCCUUGGAGAGUAUACCAAGAGGUCGCUUUCUUAGUGGUGUCUGUCUCCUCCUCGGCGGAGAAGGGACGGUCAAAAUCGCUGAUGAGAGAGCGGUAGGCACCAAAGAUCCGGUCCGUGGUGGACGCUGUAGUCAUGCAGCUCUUACUGCUGGUGUGCACUGGUUCGAUCUUCGUACUGAUCAGCCCCCAUCGGCAUCUCCACCACCUCCUCCGUCCAUCACCGUCCACAUCGGCUUCUUUGCUCGAGCCUCCGACGGUCUUGAUGGUCCUACGGCGUUUGGGGCUGGCGCGUGGUCGACUGAGGAAAUGAUCAGGGACGAGCAAGAGGCUAACAUAGCGAGACAGUGUCUAGCCUCUGGUGACUCAUAUGGCUACUUCUUGAGGAGUCAAAUGAAUCCGGACCGAGGUCACUUCUUGCCUUCGAGCCUCACUGGCACUAAUGUCAUGGAUCUUUUUAUGUGCCUAAUUGGCGUCUACGCCUAG